AUUGAUGGGAAGCACAUCUUGUCUCUCACAUCCCUUCAUAUACAACUCGUUCCAUUAGAUACCCAAAAAAAUCACAUAGAUCUGCAUUUCUCUUGGCUCAAUUCCACUUAUCAUACAAAUUCGAAAUGGCCUCUUCAUCAUUCAUUCAAUCAGCACCGCUGUCUUCUUCUCGGUCAUGUAAAUAUGACGUAUUUCUUAGUUUCAGAGGAGAAGACACUCGCAAAACAUUUGUAGACCACCUAUACUCAUCUCUUAAACAAAGCUUAUUAAGUAUUUACAAGGACGAUAAAACACUUCUUCGAGGUGAGUCCAUCCGUCCAUCCCUCUUCGAGGCUAUUGAAGAAUCAAGGAUUGCCAUCAUAAUAUUCUCCAAACACUAUGCUGAUUCUUCAUGGUGUUUGGACGAACUUGCACAUAUUAUGAAAUGCAAAGAAGAGAGAGCGCUAAUCGUUAUGCCCAUUUUUUAUGACGUGGAUCCCUCUGAUGUGAGAAAGCAAAAGGGGGAUUUCGAAAUAGCGUUUGCCCAACAAGAAGCACAGAACAAGAACAAAGCUCAGGUAUGGAGAAACGCACUUGUUGAUGCAAGUAACCUUGCUGGAUGGGAACCUAAACAUAUUGCCAACGGGCAUGAAUCAGAAAUCAUCAAAGAAAUUGUUGAUACAAUUGUUCACAGUUUGUCCCCCUUAAAUUCAGAAGCUAAUGAAGAUCUUGUUGGGAUGACGACCCGCGUACAAUAUUUGAAAUCACAAUUAGAAAUUGGGUCAGAUGGUGUGCGCAUGGUUGGGAUAUGGGGGGUUGGUGGAGGUGGUAAGACUACUCUUGCAUCUUCGCUCUAUAUGGGAAUCUCUUCCUAUUUUGAAGGUCAUCACAUUAUUGAGAAUGUUCGGGAGGAAACAAGCAAAGAUGGUUUAAAAAAAUUGCAAGAAAAUAUUUUGUCAGCUUUUUCCAAAACAGAUGUGAAAGUACACAGUAUCGAUCUAGGAAAAAACAUGAUAAAAAGUAUGUUAUGUCGUAGAAAAGUGUUGCUAGUUCUUGAUGAUGUCGAUGACCUUAGCCAACUGGAAGCGUUAGCCGGAUCACAUAGUUGGUUUGGUAGUGGGAGCCGAGUACUAAUCACAACUAGAGAUGCACAUUUGCUGAGAACCCACAAGGUAGAUGAGGUCUCUCAUGUCAGAUUAUUAUCAGAUGACGAGGCAAUGCAGCUCUUUAAUAAACAUGCAUAUAACAAAAAAGACCCAGUGGAAGAUUAUGAGACACUUUCUUUACGUGUUAUUUCUUAUGCUGCUGGGCUCCCAUUGGCACUUAAGGUUUUAGGUUCUUUUUUAUAUGACAAAAAGAAGAAGGGGUGGAUGAGUACCUUGGAUAGACUAAAAGAUAUUCCAGAAACGGAGAUUGUGGAAAAGCUAAAAAUUAGCUAUGAUGGACUUAAAGUUGUGGAAAAAGAAUUAUUUUUAGACAUUGCAUGUUUCUUCAGAAAGAAGGAGAAAGAUGAGGUAAUGGAAAGACUUGAAGCUAGUGGAUUUCACCCUGAAAUAGGGAUAGAGGUGUUGAGACAAAAAGCUCUCGUAAGUAUUGUGGAUGGUACGCUUGAUAUGCAUGAUCUAGUUCAAGAAAUGGGGCAUUACAUUGUUAGAGGGAAUUAUCCUAACAAUCCGCACAAACAUAGCAGAAUUUGGAAAAUUGAAGAUAUCAAUAACAUGUGUUUGGGGGACGCAACAAUGGAAAAUGACAAGAUUGAAGCCAUAGUAUACCAUUGGCGUGAACACAAUUAUGAUCGUGAGCGUUCAUUUCAAGUUUGUAAAAAAGUUUUAAACUUAAAGAAACUAAGGUACCUUAAGGUUAGGAUGGCGGCACCUCUUGCAUAUGUUGAAGGGCCUACUUUUCUUUCAAAUGAGUUGCGGUAUAUUCAUUGUCGUGGGUAUCCUCUAAGAAGUCCAUUUCCCGCCAGUUUCCAACCAAUGAAACUUGUUGUUCUAAAAUUGGAGAAGAGCUUUCAAAAAGAAGUGUGGAAGGGUUGUAAGCAUCUACCACAUUUGAAAGUUCUUGAACUCAAUAGGAUGGAUAAGUUAUUCAGAACACCGGAUUUUGAUGGACUCUCGUGUCUUCAAAAGCUGACACUCUUCGGCUGUCCUAAGUUAGAAGAGAUUCACCAAUCACUUGGAAGUCAUAAAAGUCUUCAACACGUAAAUGUACGUGGUUGUUCCAAGCUUAGAAUGUUUCCAACAAUUGUCCACAUGGGAAACCUCAAAACUCUAGAAAUACGUAAUUGCUAUAAGAUUGUUGAGUUCCCGAAGAUCCAAGAAAACAUGGAAGGCUUGGUAAAGUUGUCUAUUUAUUGUACUGGGAUAAGAGUUUUGCCCUCGUCAAUUGGCGAACGCUGUACCAACCUUAUUUCUCUAAAUUUGUUUGAUUUCCCGAAUUUAAAGAGCAUAGAAUUCAACUUUUAUGCCUUAAAACAUUUGAAGGAGCUCAGAUUAGAUGGAUUAAUAAGAACAAGGCGUCAAUUUCUACGGAGCUUACCAAAGUUGGAUCUCUAUACAUGUCAUUUCAAAUAUGCAAAAAUCCCAUCGAGUAUUACUGGGUUAUCCAACUUACAAGAGCUUAGUCUAGAGUCCAAUGAUUUUUCCCGAUUAGAUUUCAGCCUCUCACACCUCACUCGACUCAAACUCCUCGACCUGUCGUAUUGUAAAAAGCUUCUUGAAUUGCCCGAGCUCCCGUCAAGUUUAACUAUUCUCAAAGCAGAGGGCUGCAAGUCAAUUACAACAUUUGGAGAUUGUCACAAGAACUGUAGAUGGUUAUGUCAAGUGUCACUUAAGGAAGGGAGCAUCAUAAGUGAUGGUGACAAAUUACUAGAAUCCAUGCUUGAGGUAUGUUUGGCAAUUGAAAACCACUAUAUGGUUCUGAAACUUACAGGUGCAAAGAUUGCAAAGGGGUUUACCCCUCUACUUAGAGGGAAUAAAUGUACCCUGCAACUACCAGAGAACUGGUGCAAUGACUAUUCUGGUUUCUUAAUGUGUGCCAUUUUCAGCAAAGAUGUUUACGGGGGUAUUUAUGUAACAAUAAGUAAGAGUGACGAGACGGAUGAUAUGGUUUCUCAAAAUGAUGUGUUUUGGGAGGUGAGUGAUGGUAACAGUGUUGAUAAAUGUUCAUGGGUGGUAUAUGUUUCAUUUGGUUCAUUGAGACAAAGUGUAUGGUGGGAUCAAACAUACAAAGCUCUUUCGUUUGACACCACCCGCGAGAAGUGUAAAGGUUUUGGAGUUAGGCUCGUUGACAAGAAAAGGAGAAGUGGUAUAAAGGAAACACCAACAAUUUAUUCUUCUGGUUAUACACCUACCUUAAAGAUUCAACAUGACUCAUCUUCGGCAAAAAAAGGAGAAGUGGUUAGCCGUGUAGACCCUAUUUGCUCCCAAAAAAAAAGUUGAUCGUGAUACCUCCUAUAUGAGUGAUUCAAUAUUUGUUGUCUAACCCAAAAAAACGGAUUAACCGAAACCUAAUUUUGAGAUUCAAAUUUGGGUUCGGGUUGACUUGGAUUAAAACCCAAAUUGGUGAAUAUUCUUGCUUGAGAACCAAUAAUACGUUAAGAACUGUAUAAUGCACUUGUAAACCAAAGAAAGUUGGCUAAAAAUAUAUGAGGCAAACAGGCCGAACAAUAUAAAUCACCUAAGUCCUCUUCUUAACGCAUA